AUGUCGUUGAAUGGCCUGGACGAUCCAAAGAUCAAGGCGGCCCACGAGGCGGCGGUAGCAGAACCCGGGGGAUGGUUUCUCCUCCGCUACGCUUCCCGGGACGAUGUUGAGCUGGCAGGCCGCGGGAACGGGGGCAUCGUCGAGAUCCGGAACGCGAUUGCGAACUUCGAGGUCGAGGAGCCGGCGCCUUUAUAUGGCUUUCUGCGAUACAGAAGGAGGAAUGUCGUGAUCAGCUACGUACCGGAGGAAUGUUCCAGAUUGGUACAGGGUGGGUUCUCCAUCUCCCUGGUGUCAAUUUCCAUCUCGAUCUCGGUUGGGCCAAUGCUAACUACCUACCCUACCUCUACAGCACGCGUGACGGUGCACUUGACUGCUGUGACAGAACGCUUCUCCCCCCACGACACCGAGUUCCCCAUCACGACGGCGAGGGAGUUGCGGGAUACGAGCCUCUCUGCCGCAUGCUCUCUACAUACCGCCUCAGGCUCCACGUCCUCCUCUACAAGUUCUCUGCGGCGGAGGCGUUUGAUGGAAAUCGCAGAGGAUGCGGAGGAAGAAAACCGAGCCAAAAGACAGUCGACAGUCCCUGAGGAACGCCCCUCCGCAGAAAAGACAGAGGCUCUACCCUCCCCACCCUCUCCAUUUCCAGAGCUGCCGAAGGCCGUACCCGAAGCCACUUCCUUCAAUUCUAUGAUCAGCGAGGCCGGAUCAUAUUCUUCUCCAGGCAAAGGAGCGCACGACGCUGACAUGGGGCUACGAUUUCCUGCAACCGAACGACGAGAGUCUCCUCACUCCACGCGACCGGAUCCGUACUACAGACCCUCAUCUUAUGGUUCGAGCGGAGUACGGCCCAAGGUCAAACUGGGCCCAAGGCCAUCACUCGAUGCGGCAGCCGUUGGAGGGAGACCACAUACUUCUGGAUCAGCGUACCUCCGUCCCGUCGCGACACUGCCCGUCGGAAUCAAAAUGGUCUCGAGGGGGUCGAGAAAGGAGAAAGAGAGAGAAAGACAGCCUGGAGAUCCCCCUAUCAUGACCAUUUCGCCGCCUCCAAUGGGCGAUGCAAUGCUGGCACCGGGGCACUAUGUCUCCAUUCGACCCCACACUAGUGGUGGCAGACCGGCAUCAAGAUCCGAGCCAUUGCCGUCUCCUACUGUGUUAUCGCCUACCUCGUUUUCAGCUCCCAAGACACCCAUCAUAAAACCAGAAAAGGCUCGACUGAUGAAGGCUCUCGAACUUCGUAACAAGAAAAAGCUAGAUGCGGUUACUCCUCCCGAGCGGUCAUAUCCCUGCUCUCCCCAUAGUUUGGCCAGCCCCGUCAGCAUAGGUGACGCUACAUCGACGGGGGCUCCAAAGGAAGCAGACGACCCUUUGGCCGCAUUGGACCAACUGGUCAGAGCGGACGACUCUGGAAUCUCGUUUGAUGGCAGCUCAGCAGUAAGGACAGAUGAAUCGGACGCGACAAGGUCUGAUUCUUAUCCGGUCUCCCCUGUCGGUCCUUCCGAAAUGGCUGAAUCGACCAAGGCCUCGUCAAUAUCCGAAUCGACUGACGAGACAGUUCUAGAGCCUACUGACGUCAAAGAAGAGCCGCGGGUAAACGAGGAGACAGAGGAGACAGAAAAGGGCAGUCACGACGAGACCACUGCCAUCACUAACAUUAUUAAUGGCACAAGCCUUCUUGAAGCACCUGAGGAGCAUUUGGAGCAUUUGUCAUCCGCGGUCCCCAACCCGUCUCAUGAGUAUGUGCAAAUUACGGCAUCGGACACGCCUGAAGCAGAAGUCAAGGGCACUCGUGAGAAACAAGCACAUCCUGAGGCUGAUCCGCUAUGCGAGCCAGCCUCGCAGCCGUCGGAAAUCCCGGAGACAGAAGCGAGCGGUGCUUCGUCUAACGCGCUGCCAAUCCUACAGGAUGAGAAGACGGAAGCCGCACCAGACUCGGACUCAAAUGAAAUGCUGUCAGAACCCAGUGCCCAAGAUGCAGAAGGUAUCUGCGAAACGUCGUUACUCAGCAAUGAUGCCGAAGUUGUAGCUCCCGAGGGAUCGCCAGUGGGAAGCACUUUCUCGGCCGGGUCUGAAGAAAUUUCCGGCAUUCAGAAGCCUAGGCUUAAAGGCUGUAUGGAACCCAUCCGGACAGACAUGAAAGUGGCGAGCCAUAGUCGCUCAAACUCCGAGACCCAAUUUUUGUCUGAUGAUGAUUUCAUGGACGAGUUAUCAUCUGCGGUCGUACAAGAGGCACAGCCAAUGUCCGUCUCGAAAUCGCCUGUCGGUUCCCCCUUCCCGAGCUCCAAGAAGCAGAAUUCAGAACAGGGCAGAUUCUCUCGUGUCUUUUCUACGCCCGUGCGAAAGGAGAAAACAGAUACUUCUCUGUUGGAACCCCCAUCUGAUGAGCAGCGACCACCCUCUAGGUCUCUAUCUGCUGGGGCUGCCUCCUAUCUCAACCGCAUCAGUCAGCAGCAAAGUUCACCCCUGGCUAAGAAAGUUAAUCUCGGAUCUGGUAUCUCCCAAAGGAUCAAGGCCCUCGAGAAGUUAUCAAGUCUGGCCCCGGGUGAUGGCGCACCGACAACUGGCCCUGCACAGGGCGCAUCCACCGCCUUCUUCUCAGUCCGUAAAGCGAAUGCUCGUGGAAAAUCGCCGACCAUCGCUGAGCGUACGAACUCAUUGACACUCAGCUCGCCGGGGUUCUCUCUCGAAUCCUCGCCAUCGCCAGAUGGUAGUCGGAUGGAUAUCUUCACAUCUGCCGUGGUCCCGAGCACCCCACCGACCGGCUCGCAGCCAGAAUCUAUAUCAGUCACCGCACGAAUAGUUCGGGAUCCCUCCCAUCCCUUCCCAGCAAUGUCAGAGGCUGGGAAAGAUCCAUCGGAGUAUGCUCCUUUAGACCUUAAACAGUCCCCUCUGGUGAUAGACCAUCAAAGGGCUGUUGCCCAGCCUCCUCGAGAGACACAUCUGGAACCACGACUUCCCGAAGAAGAGCGUUUGUCUUCUUCCAAAGUGACAAUCGCAAAUGAACGGAGAUCCUCGGCCUCAAUCAUCAAGGAUCUUAUCAGCGAAGGCAGAACAUCCUUGUCGGAGCGUCGUCGGUCAUCUAAUAUUGAACAUUCUGUCUCGAUUCCUUCUGUGAGAUCCUCUUCCCGCCCGUCCUCUCUUGGUACAUCUCCCACCAAGCAGCGGCCGUUGUCCUUCAAUAGUCGCGUAUCAACUUCUUCUCGUGACCAUGGCAAAUCUCUGUCACCGCCGCCUACCGCGGGCUCUUCAUCUUCAACUGGCACUGCGAGUGAUGAGAAGUCUGAUAAGAAGUCCAAUCGAGCAAGUAGGAUGAUGCGCCGGAUGUCUUCUUCCUUGUCCGCGAGUCGCAAAACUCUUGCCCACGCCAUAUCUCCUACCGUCCGCGAAGAAUCCGAGCCGUUGUCACUCGGCGACGCUCACACACUCGCUCCCUCACCCAUGUCGCCCACUGGUCUCGACAUCGGCGACGUCAAUGUCCAGUUCCCUGAUAGUCUACUGUGGAAGCGACGAUCCAUGGUCCUUGACUCACAAGGCUUCCUCAUCAUCUCCCCUGCUCUUUCAGCCCAUGGAAAUGGUCGUGACAAGUCUAAUGCUGGAGCAACGCGCCGCUUUCAUCUCAGUGAAUUCAGACCACCUUGUAUCCCUGACGUUGAGAUGCAGGAACUACCCAACAGUGUUGUAUUGGACUUUAUUGACGGCGGGGGACUGCAAGUUGCUUGUGAGGAUCGCUUUGGCCAAGGGCGCAUCCUAGAAACUCUUGAAGAGGCUCACCGCUCAUGGGAAGCCUACGGCAAUGAAUAG